AUGGCUGCUGGCAAGCUGCUGGAGACCUAUGAGCCCUCCUACCCGCAGCUCCGCGACGCGCUGUGCCAGUGCGCAGCACAGGUGGAAGCCAAGGCACCCAAGAACCCCGAGGCCCUGUGCCUGGCACUCCAGGAGGCCCAUUGGUUCUAUCUUGAUGAGAUCGUCGAGGCUGCCAAAGGGCACUACCCGCACCUGCAGCCUCCGACCUUUGUUGACCUGCUGCUGGAGGUCUCGCAGGCGCUCACUUCGCAUGGCUCUGAGAUCUCCCGCUGCUUCCGCGACUGGUGUCAGCAGCGACUAGCGCAGCCGCGCUGCGGAGCGGUGAUCAUGGACGAGGCAAUCUGGCCUCUGGUCCUUCCCCAGCGGCAAGCUCGAGGGUGGCGAGAGCGAGGUGCAGUGCGCCAUCCGGGAGGUCUGGGAAGAGAUCGGCUUAGACAUCACGGAGCAAGUGGACGACAGGCAGUACCUGAAGGCCUUCGUGCCUGA